UUUCGCUCUUCAUGUUCAUUGCUCCCAACUGAGUUAACCAUUAGCAACAACGCAUCAACAGCAUCCCACUUAUACCACACUACCUAUCGCCAACAUGUGCAUCAAGACAACAUGUCACUACGCGUGCGGUCACACGAGCGACUUCACGCCAGUCUGCGAACGCGCCUUUGACGGCUGCCCGUUCGGAAUCACCCCAACAAAGUGCGCAAACCCUACCCUUGUCGAAAAGACAGCCCAGAAUGUCUGUUCUGCCAUCGCGUGCAAGUACGAGCAAUGGGACAGGCGAUGGAUCUGCCAUGUGUGCGAUAUGGACAACGAGAACUCCAUGACGUGCGAGGGUCAAGGCUGUGAACAUGAUUUCUGCGAUGGAUGUGUUCCUUGGGAGUCGUCCUUGGUGAAUAUUCCGCACAGAAAUCCCGAGGAGAUGAAACUGGCGGAGCUUCGAGCUAUGGGACGAGAGCCAGACCAACAAACUCAGUCAACUCUUCAGUCCCCGUUGUCUGCUCCGUCUCAGUCAACUGUCGAGACUCUGUCAACCGUCCAGACUCAGUCAACUCAACUGACUACGCCGACUCAACUGACUGAGCCAACCCAACAGGCUGAGCCCGCUAAAGACCCCGAGAACAUAAAACCGCCAAAGUUCCACUGCAAGGGUUGCUCCGUCUGUAUAGUCCCGGACGCGCCAUUGAGACCGCGACAACCCAAAUCGACAGCGCCACAGCCCAAACCUCCCAAGGUUCCGGUCUACGACUCCGGAGCGGGAGGUUGGAUCCGGCGGCCUGACAGAAGAGGUAGAGUAAGCCUUAAAAGGGAAGACACAAGUACCAUGGGAGUCGGUGGGAGGCAGUCAAAGCUGUUGGAAAUGGUCGAAGAAUUGAAUGGUCAAGACUGAAUGGUCAAAGAAGGUAGAUUAGACUAGGCUAGGCAAAAAGGCCAGCCUU